CACGAAGAGAUGCUUCGUGCUUCGUUAUUAUAUAAUCACUUCCGUGUCUAUGUUAAUUAAACCCCGGUAACUAACCUAUUGGUAUUCCAUUAUCGCGAUGUACCCCGCUCUCUCAGCACCGUCGAUGAACUGACCCCUCAUCUCAUUCCAUUUCCCCAAGUGCAGUAGUCGUAAGUAUCGCUACGGAAUCGGAAGUGACGAGAUCUUGCACGUUUCUUCCUAAAAAACGGUGGUUUCUACUGGUGAGCCAUCACUAUGUAUGCCUUAACGCUCAAGGGUGAAUUACAAGGGGUCACAAAUCUCCGCCCCAAAGACACGGAAGAUGCGCCUUUCUGGUAUAUCUUCAAAGUCCAGUGCACCUCGUGCCGAGAGACACAUCCCAAUACCGUAGGCGUAAAUCGAUUCGACAUGAACGAGAUGAGCGGUAGUCGUGGUCAGGCCAACUUCGUCUGGAAAUGCAAGAACUGCAAGAGAGAGUCCUCGGCUACCAUCCAGGCGGCCCCGACGCCCUACGAACAGUCUGAACCUGCCAAAGCCCGCAGAAUACUCGAGUUCGAUUGCCGAGGCCUCGAGUUCACCGAGUUCGUGCCGGAAGGGGAGUGGCUUGCAGAAGGUCCCGAGUCAGGCACCAAAUUCGAAAGCAUCGAAUUGACUGAUGGGGAGUGGUACGACUAUGAUGAGAAGGCUGGGGAAGAGGUGAGCAUCAAGGACCUAUCAUGGGAAAUUCAGCGGGCUUGAUUGCGGGAAUUUCCAAUAUACUGAGCACCUUUUUUUCAACCGUUCUUGUCUUCGUGUAUAUUCUUCUCACAUAUCCCUGUCCGAGUCGGCGGCUAUGCUCUAUGUAGUCAACGUAUUGUUACAACAGGCUUGCCAAUCAUCAUGAGAGCUCUCGUCUUCGCCUCGAACGACGGGUGAAGACAAUGCAAACCCCUGACCGCAUGAUCUGUCCAUAUAAAGCGCAUUUCGUCAUAACGCAUUAUAAUUUCCCUUGUCCCA